AUGAACAUCUUUCUUCGGUGCUUCAAACCCAAUUUCUACAAGAAAAGCAAAUCUGCAACAAGUUACAUGAAAAUUCGGCUCGAUAUAGUAAGGAAAAGAAGGAUUGCAAUGGUCAAGUUUCUAAAAAUGGACAUUGUGGAGUUUCUCAAGAAUGGCCUUGAUUAUAAUGCUUAUACAAGAGCAGAAGUAUUACUUGAAGAGCUUAGAAUUAUAUCGUGUUAUGAUAUCAUUGAACGAUUCUGCGAUUGCAUCUCCGAAAAUCUCCCUCUUAUGCUGAAGAACAGGGAAUGUCCUGAAGAAUGCAGAGAAGCUGUUUCCUCUUUGAUAUAUGCAGCGGCAUGGGUUCCUGAUGUUCCUGAACUUAGGGAUCUUAGGGCUAUGUUUACGCGUAGAUUUGGGAGUUUCAUUGCUUCUUCUGUAAAUUAUGAGCUCGUUGAGAAAACCGAACUGCGAAGAAGACCAUCACGUGAGCUCAAGAUUCAGACACUGAAAGACAUUGCGAAAGAGUUUUCUAUUGAUUGGGAUCCUACAGCUUUAAACCUUUUGCUGCUUAGAGAAACCUCAGCUUUGCAAAUUGAGGAUAAUAAGGUCGAGACAGGAGCUGAUGAUCCGAAGAUUGAGACAAAGAACAGUAAUGAUCAAAGUGAGGAUGAGUCGGUUCUUUCACAGGCUUGGACAAGAGAUUCGUUGUCCAACCGUAGUUUAAGUUCGAGUUCAAGCUCGAGCUUUGGUUCUAUAAAAAGAGAUUCUGAAAAGAAUAAGAAGAAGAAGAAGAAGAAGAUUUUGCCUUACGGAAUAAUCUCUUCUCCAAACACCAAACAAGGAGCUAGAAACGAUGAGAAAGCACCAGAGGAGAAGAAGAAGAGUACUGGUCAAGAAAACUCGACGUUACUUAUGCCACAAGGUAGUGGUAACGAAGCUUCAUCAUCAACAAGGGAGAAGGAGAGAACAUCGUCCUUUCAGAGACCUAAGCUCUUGGAUUAUGAUGAUGUGGUGGCUCGGCUUGCAUCUCUUCGCAGGAGAUAAGAGUUUGUAUUUGUAUUUAGCAAAUUAGAUUUCAUUAACUCUGUAUGUAUACAUCAUUAUUAACUUGAAGUAGUAUACAUGUAUUCUUUCACAACCAAAAAAAGGAAAAGUAGAGACUAAUACCAUACUGAGAAAGAUAGCGAUA